GUUGCUUCCGACACUCUUCCCUUCCCUUCCAUCCCCUCUCCCAAAAUUUCAAUUUCAACGGGUUUCCGUUCGAAAAAUACAUCGCAUCUUAUCUUCUUGUCUCUGCUCCCCAUUCUCUGUUCCUAAUAAAAAAAGAAGAAGCCUUUGGCCUCCAUUAAUGGGUUGCAGACGUUAAGGGGACACAACAACGCACCUGCAUACACAGCCAUGUGUUAAAAGACUUGUGAGUGAGUGAAUGGGGUUUUCCGGGGCGGUAUUUUGCUUCUGAUUCUUUUCCUUUUUUCAUUAUUAUUUACUCAACUUCCUGGAUAUCAAACCGUAUCCUCACGCAUUUGUCAACUCCAUAAAUUCUCCCCCCUCGUCUUCUUUCCCUACGUACGUCCACUUAAUUCGCAAAACCCAGUUGGGGAAUUCGGUAUUCUCUCCUGUGCUGAGCUCUUCUCUGCCCCGGAUUUGCAGCUCUUACGUAAGCCCCUGUUUACGUUGUCUUCGUCGUUGUGGUGGGGAUUCCAUUUGGCUUAUCUUUGUUUGCCGCUGAAUAUUGUCAUGUAGCGUGGCGAUCUGGCUUCUCUCGUCUGCUGGUUAGGUGUUGGUCUAUGGCGUUGCCAAAUGGUUCUUUUUUUUUUUUUCUGUGUGCGUGGCUCUAGUUAGGGUUUUUCCAGUGAGAAAUUAGUCCUUUUGUGCCUCAUUUUCCGUUCUCCCUGGAUCUAUCGCCCCUUCAGAGGAGCGGUGGGGGAGAAAACCCAGAUUUUAGAUUUGUUCGACGAUGCGCAUUUGGGGUUGAAGAAUUCGGUUUAGGCUUGGGGGUUGUGCUCUGGAGCACAAGUAGUGAACUGAAGUGGGUAGGUUGAGGUGUAAAAGGCGUAAAUGGGGCAUUCUGCAGCUGUUUGGGAUUGCAGAACAGCCAUAGAGAUCACUAAGGAUUGGAAUGGCAUCGACCAGGUUAUGCUCCGUAAUCCGCAUGGGGCUUCUGCCAAGGUGAGCUUACAUGGCGCACAAGUGGUUUCGUGGAGGAAUGAACAUGGGGAAGAACUUCUGUUUACAAGCAGCAAGGCGAUAUUGAAGCACCCCAAGGCAAUGAGGGGAGGGAUCCCAAUCUGCUUUCCCCAGUUUGGCAACUGUGGAUCGCUAGAACAGCACGGUUUCGCCAGAAACAAAGUUUGGACGAUUGACGAGUGCCCUCCUGCAUUGCACCCCAAUGAUUCUCAUGGCAAAUCGUUUAUCGACCUUGUCCUUAAAUCAUCCGACGAGGACCUCAAAUGCUGGCCUCAUAGUUUCGAAUUCAGGCUGAGGGUGGCACUGUCGAGUCACGGGGAGUUGUUGCUGAUAUCCAGAGUUAGGAAUGUCAAUGGAAAACCCUUCAGUUUCUCAUUCGGAUAUCACGCACAUCUCUCGGUUUCGGACAUCAGUGAAGUGAGGAUAGAGGGGCUUGAAACUCUCGACUACCUCGACAACCUCUCCCGUAAAGAGCGAUACACAGAGCAAGGAGAUGCCAUCACCUUCGAAUCCGAGUUGGACCGCGUCUACCUUGGUGCCCCAAAUGUGGUUGCGGUGCUUGAUCAUGAGCGUAAGCGGACCUAUGUUGUGAGAAAAGAGGGGCUGCCGGACAUCGCAGUGUGGAAUCCAUGGGAGAAGAAAUCAAAGGCAAUGGCCGAUUUUGGAGAUGACGAGUACAAGCAGAUGUUGUGCGUAGAUGGAGCUGCGAUUGAGAAACCCAUCACGCUGAAGCCUGGUGAGGAAUGGACCGGCCGGAUGGAGCUCUCGGUUGUGCCUUCCAGUUUUUGCAGCGAGCAGCUUUUGUGAUAUCUGAAUUGGUUAGUAGAGAUGGUGGUUCAGGAAGGUUGUCCAAAUCUGUUUCUAUACAGCGGUAGCCAGUGAUGUACUAGUGAGCGUUUUUCUUCUUGAACACAUUGUAGCUAGGAAAAUGGAUUGUACUGAAGCUCCACUAGUGUAAAGCCUGUGCUUUUGGAAAAAUAGGCUGGAGUUGGAGUUCUCUGUCAUAUGAAGUGUGUUUGUUUAGGUUAAAACAUUUGUGGAAUUUCGUGGGAUCAAUGCAUAUUUGAUCUCUCAAGAAAAUAAGAAAACCAUUGUUACUUA